ACCGAUUUGAACAAAAAUAACAAUAACAAUAACAAUAACAAUAACAAUAACAAUAACAAUAACAAUAACAAUAACAAUAACAAUAACAAUAACAAUAACAAUAACAAUAACAAUAACAAUAACAAUAACAAUAACAAUAACAAUAACAAUAACAAUAACAAUAACAAUAACAAUAACAAUAACAAUAACAAUAACAAUAACAAUAACAAUAACAAUAACAAUAACAAUAAUAAUAAUAAUAAUAAUAAUAAUAAUAAUGAUAAUAAUGAUAAUAAUAAUAAUAAUAAUAAUGAUAAUAAUGAUGAUAAUGAUAAUAAUGAUAAUAAUGAUAAUAAUGAUAAUAAUGAUAAUAAUGAUAAUAAUGAUAAUAAUGAUAAUAAUGAUAAUAAUGAUAAUAAUGAUAAUAAUGAUAAUAAUGAUAAUAAUGAUAAAAAUGAUAAUAAUGAUAAUAAUGAUAAUAAUGAUAAUAAUGAUAAUAAUGAUAAUAAUGAUAAUAAUGAUAAUAAUGAUAAUAAUGAUAAUAAUGAUAAUAAUGAUAAUAAUGAUAAUAAUGAUAAUAAUGAUAAUAAUGAUAAUAAUGAUAAUAAUGAUAAUAAUGAUAAUAAUGAUAAUAAUGAUAAUAAUGAUAAUAAUGAUAAUAAUGACAAUAAUGAUAAUAAUGACAAUAAUGAUAAUAAUGAUAAUAAUGAUAAUAAUGAUAAUAAUGAUAAUAAUGAUAAUAAUGAUAAUAAUGAUAAUAAUGAUAAUAAUGAUAAUAAUGAUAAUAAUGAUAAUAAUGAUAAUAAUGAUAAUAAUGAUAAUAAUGAU